AUGAAAUCAACCUCGGCAAUGGUGCCAUCAUGGCUUGAAAAUCUAUUGUCGACAAGAUUCUUCUCUCUGUGCAAUGUGCACAAGAAACAAUCUAGGAAUGAAUGCAAAAUGUUCUGUCUCGAUUGCAACAAUGAAGCAUAUUGCGCACAUUGCAUAGCAUAUUCUCAUGAAAAACACCGAGUUGUUCAGAUAAGGAGGUCAUCUUAUCAUGAUGUUGUGAGAGUGAAAGAGAUUGAAAAUGCAUUGAACAUAACUGGGAUUCAGACAUAUAGAAUCAAUGGUUACCAGGUAAAUCAAUAUUUGAAUAAUAAUAUAUCUUUGAAUGACUUUUUCUCUGUUUCAAGAGAUUGGGAUGAAGCCAAACUUAAGGAGUGGCUGCCGAACAACAUUAUAGAUAGAAUUAUAGUCGUGGCACCUCCAUCUCCUUGGAAAAAAGAUGACCAAGUGAUGUGA